AUACUCUUUGACGAGACUACUGCUCGGUGAUUGGCUGUUUGACGCCUAUCCCACAAUCCACCACAAUUCUUCUUCCUUUUUCCUUUCGGCCAUUUUCCUCCCUCGUAGGGAAGUAGGCAGCCAUGGCCCCCAGCCGGAAUGGAAUGAUCCUGAACCCACACUUCCACAAAGACUGGCAGAAAAGAGUCCGCACUUGGUUCAACCAGCCAGCUAGGAAACUCCGCAGGCAAAAGACUCGCCAGGCUAAGGCCCGUCGCAUCGCUCCCCGUCCUGUCGCUGGGCCACUGAGGCCACAAGUCAGAUGCCCCACCAUCAGAUACCACACUAGGGUCCGUGCUGGACGUGGUUUCACCCUGGAGGAGCUCAAGGCUGCUGGCAUCCACAAAAAGACAGCCCGCACCAUCGGAAUCUCUGUAGAUCCCCGCCGCCGCAACAGGUCCACAGAAUCUCUUCAGGCCAACGUGCAGCGCCUCAAACAAAUGAAUGACAUUCAGGAGGCCACCUCCCCCGCCACCAGUCUAGGUGGUCCGGCGACCUGCGUCUCCAAAGUCGAGCUGCGGGUGUCUUGUAAAGCUCUACUAGACCGAGACACUCUGAAUAAAUCAGACCCUUGCGUGAUUCUCAUGGUACAGACCAACGGACAGUGGACAGAGUUGGACAGGACAGAAGUGAUCAAGAGCAACCUGCACCCUGUUUUCGCCAAGGUUUUUUCCUUGGAUUACUACUUUGAAGAGGUUCAGAAGUUACGAUUCGAAGUGUACGACAUCCACGGCACUCACAGCAUCGGCACGCGUGACGAUGACUUCUUGGGCGGUGUGGAGUGCACGCUCGGUCAGAUUGUGGCCCAAAAGAAGAUGGUGAAGCCUCUACUUCUCAAAUAUGGAAAAUAUGCUGGCAAAUCCACCAUCACGGUGCAUGCGGAGGAAAUUUCCGGCAACAAUGGCUAUGUGGAGCUAUCCUUCUGUGCCAAGAAGCUUGAUGAUAAGGACCUUUUCAGCAAGUCUGACCCUUUUUUGGAAAUAUAUCGUAUCAACGAUGACGAAACGGAGCAGCUUGUUCACAGAACUGAGGUUAUAAAGAACAACCUGAAUCCUGUUUGGGAGCCUUUCAAAGUGUCUCUCAUAUCCCUGUGCAGUUGUGAUGAAGAGAGGAAGCUUAAGUGCCUCGUGUGGGACUAUGACUCCAGGGGGAAGCACGACUUCAUUGGAGAGUUCUAUGCUACUUUCAGAGAAAUGCAGAAAAUCUCCAGUGGAAAUAAGGUGACGUGGGAUUGCGUGAAUCCCAAGUACAAACAGAAGAAAAGGAACUAUAAAAACUCAGGCGUUGUCAUCUUAAAUGAUGUCAAGCUCCACAGAGUUUACUCCUUCUUGGAUUAUAUCAUGGGCGGAUGCCAAAUUCACUUUACGGUGGCCAUUGACUUCACAGCUUCCAACGGAGACCCCAGGAACAGCUGCUCUUUGCACUACAUCAACCCCUACCAGCCGAACGAGUACCUGAAGGCUCUGAUAGCCGUGGGCGAGAUCUGCCAGGACUAUGACAGUGACAAAAGAUUUUCAGCCUUGGGGUUUGGCGCCAGAAUCCCUCCAAAUUACGAGGUAUCUCACGAUUUUGCCAUCAAUUUCAACCCUGAAGAUGAUGAAUGUGAAGAGAUCCAAGGAGUGGUUGAGGCAUACCAGAACUGCCUCCCUAAAAUCCAGCUGUAUGGCCCCACCAAUGUUUCUCCCAUCAUUAACCGGAUAGCCAAGCUGUCAGCUGGCGACGGCAACAUUAAAGACGCCUCUCGCUACCACAUCCUGCUCAUCCUCACUGAUGGCGUGGUGACAGAUAUGGCGGACACACGCGAAGCCAUCGUACGGGCCUCCUACCAGCCUCUCUCCAUUAUCAUUGUUGGGGUGGGCAACGCAGACUUUACAGACAUGCAGAUUUUGGAUGGAGAUGACGGUGUCCUGCGCUCACCAAAGGGCGAGCCGGUCCUUAGGGACAUCGUGCAAUUUGUGCCCUUCCGGGACUUCAAGACGGCUUCACCAGCAGCCUUGGCCAAAUGUGUCCUGGCAGAGGUGCCCAAGCAAGUUGUGGAGUACUACAGCCAUAAGGCCAUCCCACCUAUGUCUCCAGUGAGGGACUUGCCCACACCCAUCCUCAGCCCGGUUGCCACCAGUCCGACAGAGUAACUCCACCAAACAAGUCUUGAACUGAGAGAGCAGCAACUGUCCCUCAAAGUGAGAUGGUGAGGGAAUGCUCUCCUCCUGGGAUAAAAUGAGAAAAAGUCCUCUUGUUAAUCAUUGAUUCCACUCCUACAAAAGAUUUGAUCGACUUUUCACCUGGGACCGUGAGAUAUGUUUUUGUGCCCGGUGUGGAUUCAGCACCUGUCUCUGGCUUUGCGAUGGAACCAUCCCAGCUGAACCGGCAUCUGAAGGAUUAUAUUUCUUUGCCGUGGCUUUGUGCAUGCCAGUCAAUCUGUCAACCAUUAAUCUCAGACGGAGGACUGAUAUUCUUCGCCGGCUCUGAAUUACUUCCUCUUAUUCUUUUUUUUUUUUGGUAUCAUUUAUUUUCAUUUGUUCUAGCGUCAUCGCUUAAAAAGAUAUUUCCAAGACUAUAACACAAGCAAUCAGGCUGCGAUAAGUUCAUCACAGGUCGCCUUCAAUGAAAGCCGAUACAUUUUCCAUUGUGUGCUUGCAACAUUGGCCAUAAGUCAUCGCGUGCACUCGAAAGUGUUUGGCUACAUUUCAGGGCACAGUUUAUUGAUCAAACCUUCAUGAGGAUGACACGUUUAAAUUUCCCACUCAGUGUGGGUCUCAAAGGUCAAGCUCACACAGACAGUUGGUGGAUAAUCAUACCCUUAAUGUUUCUUCAUGGAUUAUCCAUCAUGGAACACUGAAAGUGUUUGUCCUCUGGAAUAUAUGAAAAAUGGUAGACAGCACCGGAAAUGUAAGUAAGAUGCUCCACCGUCAGACAACCGCAAGGCCGAACGGCAUCAUGUACAGUUUGAACUCGGUGGAAGAAAUUUUAUUAAAAUGAUUUCCCUUCAAGUAACUGACGCCUUGAAAGGAUGAUGAACUAAAAUAGCACCACUCUUAAUCGGUUAUUGAUAUAUGAGGUAUGUCCCAAGACUUUUGGCCAUUUAAGCACAGUGCUUUAUGAGCUUUUGCGGUCAGUGCGGCAUAGCUUGUACGUGUCUUAUAUGUGAUUUUCUAAAUAAUGACGAGGAUCAUCAUCAUCUAUGUCAGUGAAACUCCCUCUGAUUUAUUGCCUCCAAGAUGUGACAGUUCCAGUUUUUGUAACUUGCUGUCUAGUGGCUAAAAUAGAAGUCUUGUUUACAUUUC